AUGAGCAGACUCGUCAGAGCAGCCUCGACUUCUCAUACUACUACUACUACUACUAAUAAGAACAUCAGCAACAAGACGACUAAAAUCAACAUCGACAGAAGGAAAGUGCUCGGAUUAUUCGGCGUCGGUUUAUCAUCUAUUUCCUCUUCUCCAAACAACAACAACAACAAAAUCGCGUUUGCCGCGAAAGCCUCAUCCGGUGAACAACAAAAGAACGCCAUCUCGCAAGUGUUGAAAGAUCCACAAUGGCCUCCUAUUUAUCCAUUCACGACGAAGGAUAUGGGGAGAUACGACGAAUCCGCCGACUCCUUCUUCUACGAGCAGCCUAGAUUGGUGAAACACAUCGACGACCAAGCCAUCGAUGCGCUGACGAAAUACUACUCCGAAGUGUUCAAGACUGUGGAGAAACCGAAAGUGUUGGAUAUAUGUUCGUCGUGGAUUUCGCACUAUCCCUCAGACGUGGAGUUCUCUCGAUGCGCUGGCACGGGCAUGAACGAAGACGAGUUGCUGAAAAACCCGCGGUUUACGGAGAAACCAACGGUUGUGGAUUUGAACGAGACGCCAAAGUUGCCGUACGACGAUAACUCUUUCGAUUUCGUCACCAACGCCGUUUCGGUGGAUUAUCUCACGAAACCAUUAGAAGUCAUGCAAGAAGUUCGAAGAGUGCUGAAACCGGGGGGGAGAGCUAUAAUGUCGUUUUCGAACAGAUGUUUCCCGACGAAAGCGGUUUCGAUUUGGACAGCGACGGGGGAUUUAGAUCAUAUUUGGAUCGUAGGCGCGUACUAUCACUUCGCCAACGGGUUCGACCCGCCAGAAGGCAUCGACAUCUCACCAAACCCGGGGAGAUCCGAUCCAAUGUACGUAGUGACAGCGGUGAAAAGCGUUUAA